AUGCGCUCCAUGUGGAGAAAUUCAUCUACCAAACAUCGAUUGGAGCACUGGAGCUCUGUUGAAGAGAACAUACCCAGAAUAAAGCUUCGAAGUUYACAUAGUCAUCCUUGGAUAGACAAAGAAUUGCUAUCACUAAUCAAGAAGAAAAACAAGCAAAGAUUAAGAGCACGCAGAACUGGUGAUCCAGAUGACUGGUCGAAAUAUCAAGAUAUUAGAAGGAACACAAACCAAAUGAUUAGAAACAAAAAGAAACAUCAUGCUGACAACAUAAAAGACUCACUUCUAGAGAGCCCUAAACACUUCUUGUCUCUAGUCAAGUCGUAUACAUUACARCGUUCUGGUCCUAACUUUCUUCGUGAUGGUCAGUCCUUUAUAACGGACAGUACUGAGAGAGCAAACCUCCUCAACACCUACUUUCACUCUGUAUUUACAACCAGCAAUUCUAAUAUGAUUGACAAUGUUGAUGAUUCUACCAGCAAUAUUCCAUACUUAGCUAUCAUUGAACUUACUAUAUAUGAYGUUUGUAAAGCAUUUCAGCUAAAGAAAUACGUUAUCACUGGAGGACUUCUCGACUGGUUUCUUGAUUAUCUAAGCGAUAGACAGCAGCGUGUUGUUAUUGAUGGUUCUUACUCCCAAUGGUUACCUGUAUCAUCUGGGGUUCCUCAAGGAUCCAUACUUGGACCUCUUCAUUUUCUUGUGUAUGUUAAUGAUAUGCCUAAUUAUAUUCUAGGUGAUUCUAAACUUGCCUUAUUUGCUGAUGAUACAAAACUAUACAAAGUCAUCAAAUCRGAUUCAGAUCACAACGAUUUGCAAAGGGAUAUUGACCAGCGUGUUUAUGGCUGGAAAGUCGCUAUUCUAAAAUGA